AUGGAACAAAAAAUUGAAGAUUUGAAUGACACUUUGAAGCAAAUCUUAGCACGAAUGUUUGUAAUAGAAUGUCAAUCUCGUGAUCAAACUAGUCAAAAAUAAAAUGAUUUCUGUAAUCUCUCACAGAAAAACUUAUCAAAUGAUACAAGAAGCUCAAAAGGUAAAUCUAAUUAUGAUGAUUGCAGAGAUUUUCGAAUGAAAAUUGAUUUGCCUAGUUUUAAUAGACAUUUGAAAAUAGAAGAAUUUCUUGAAUGGAUUUCUGAAGUUGAGACAUUUUUUGAAUAUAUGAAGAUUUUUUAUGAGAAACAAGUGAAAUUAGUUGCCUAUAAGCUCAAGGGUGGAGCAUCUGCCUGGUAGAUCAACUACAAUCCACCCGUACAAGAUCAGGAAAAGAUCAAGUUCGAAGUUGGGAUAAGAUGAAGAAAUUAUUAAAAUCUAGAUUUCUUCUUCUUGAUUAUGAACAGAUUUUAUAUCACCAAAUAUCAAAGUUGUAAAUAGAGAAGUAGAUAUGUCACUGAAUAUGCUGAGGAAUUUUACAGACUUUCUUCAAGAGUCAAUUUGACUGAAUCUGAAUCUUAUAUGAUCUUUAGAUUUAAAAGUGAACUUUGAUGGGAUAUUGAAGAAAAAGUUACUUUACAAUCAUUCUUCAAGUUAAAUGAUGUUGUUAUGACAUCAGAACGUGAUGAAGCUUUAUUGGAGAAAGGAAAAUUUAGAACUCGAAUUCUACUAAUGUGUCAACAUUUCAGCUAGACAGAUCAAGAUCAGCACAUAUUUCAUCUACUACCAGUAAUGGAAGACCAGCAACCUCAGCUACACCAAGACCUAGUAGAUUUAUUCCUAGUGAGUGAAAUUCUUCUCAAAGAAAUCCAUAUGCACCUAACUCUGUUCUAAAAUGUUAUAGAUGUAAUGAAGAAGAUUACAAAACAAAUGCUUGUCCAAAACGUGGUGCUGUGAAUUUCACAGAGGCCAUAGAUGAAGAUGAAAUUGAAGGUGCAGAAGAUCAAGAAGAAAUUUAAGAGAAUGUUAUUGAAGGCAAAGAAGAAGAAAACUUUGGUCACUCUCCAGUCAUUCGAAAGUUGAUGUAUGCACCAAAGAAGGAAGAACCUCCCCAACAUCAUAAUGUUUUCAGAACAAAGUGCAUUGUUGAUGGGAAGGUAUGCGAUGUGAUUAUUGAUUUUGACAAUAGUGAAAAUAUUGUUUCUUCUUUGAUGGUAUAGAAAUUGGGGCUAAAAAUUGAAAAACAUCCACAUCCAUAUAGAAUUGGGUGGAUAAAGAAAGAUUAUGAAACCAAAGUUACAGAGACUUGUUCAGUUAAAUUCUCAAUGGAAAAAGUUUAUUUUGAUGAAAUUUACUGUGAUGUUGUUGAGAUGGAUGCUUGUCAUCUAAUUCUGGGUAGACCAUGGCAAUAUGAUUUAGAUGCAACUCACCUAGGCAGAGAUAAUCAUUAUAUUUUUUUUUUUUAAAUGGUGAGAAGUUUGUUUUACACCUAAUAAAAGAAAACGAGUUUUCAACACAGUUAAAGAAAAGAAGAAGCAAGUUAUGAUGAUUGACAAAAAAGAACUUUUUAAUACUUUGAAAGAAAAUUAUAGAGUAUUUAUGCUGAUUAAAAAAGAGAAUGUUUCUUUGCAUGAUUCUAGUGUUAUACUUGAGGCAGCACAGAAUAUGUUAAAUGAGUUUCCUAUCACACAAGAUUCUCCUAUAAAUCUUCCUCUCCUCAGGGACAUAUAACAUCAUAUAGACUUAAUUCCUGGAGUAAGUUUGUCAAAUUUACCUCAUUACAGAAUGAGCUCUGAGGAGAAUAAGAUUUUGCCAGAACAAGUUGAAGAGCUAUUAGAGAAAGGAUUAAUUCAUGAAAGUAUGACCCCAUGCUCAGUACCUACAUUAUUGGUUUCAAAAAAAGAUGAAACUUUGCAAAUAUGUGUAGAUAGUCAAGUAAUUAAUAAAAUCACAGUGAAAUAUAGAUUUUCAAUUCCAAGACUUGAUAAUAAUCAUGACAUGCUGUGUGGUUCUAGAAUCUUUUCUAAAAUUGAUCUUAAAAGUGAGUAUCCUCAAAUUCAAAUUUGUCUAGGUGAUGAAUGGAAGACCGGUUUCAAGAUGAAAGCAGGAUUAUAUGAAUGGUUGGUUAUGCCAUUUGGCUUAUCUAAUGCUCUGAGUACCUUUAUGCAAAUGAUGAAUCAAGUACUAAAGCCUUUCAUUGAAAAUUUGUUGGUCUAUUUCGACGAUAUGUUGAUAUAUAGUACCACAGAGGAAGAACAUCAUCAUCAUUUGAGAUCUGUAUUGACUGUUUUACAACAAAAUGAGUAUUUACCAACUUAAAAAAAUGUAAAUUUCUUAUUUUAAGUUUAGUUUUUCUAGGAUAUAUUGUAAGUGCAAAUGGCAUCAAAGUGGAUGAAGAAAAGGUUGAAGCUAUUAAAGACUGGCCAAUUCCAAAGAAUAUACAUGAUGUUCGUAGUUUUCAUGACUUAGCAUCCUUUUAUAGAAGAUUUUUUCAAAAUUUCAAUUCAAUUAUGACUCCCAUCACUAAGUGCAUGAAAAAAUGAAACUUUUAGUAGACAAAUACAGUAGAUAGAAGUUUUAUUCUAAUUAAAGAAAAGUUAAGUUCUGUCCCUAUACUAGUAUUGUCAAAUUUUGAUAAAUUAUUUGAAGUAGAAUGUUAUGCCUCAAUUACUGGAAUUGGAGCUAUAUUAUCUCAAGAAGGUCGUUCAAUAGCUUUUUUAUAGUGAGAAAUUAAUAGAAACCAAAAGAAAGUGGACUACAUAUGAAUUAGAAUUUUAUGAUGUGGUUAGAUCAUUACAUACUUGGGAACACUACUUGAUUCAACGAAAAUUUAUUUUAUUUACUAACCAUUAA